UUUCUUCGAAAGAAAAAAAUUGUCUGAAAUGUGACGGUAGCAACACCUGCACAAAUGUAACAGUAAACUCGAAGAUGCACUGUCAGCCGUUGGAUCUUCGUGCUCGGACUCCGUUACCUGACGACGGUGUGAGGCUCUGAGCCUCCGGCGACUCCCCCGCCGUUCGCCGCGCCCGCUUGCCUCCUCCCCGGCCGCCGCCGGCAUCGAAGGCCUCCGGCAGUUCCUCGCCGCCUCGACGCGCGGCCGCCACCUCCCGAGCCCGUGCGGCUCGGUGACGACGCCACCACUUGCCUCCCCGCGCGAGCAUCGAGGCGGCGGAUGCGUAGCACGCGGCUCGACGGAUUCGCUCUCUCCCACGGCCUCCUCCGCCUCGCACCUCGGAGAGUCGAACCCCAGCAGCCAUUUCCUUGGCAGGCCAGCCCUCGCUUCGGCGGCGUGGAAGACAGACGAGAGAGCCAACACAAGUGCCCUGUAUGCGGUAAGUCCUGCAGCUAGAUUCCCAAUUUCCCGUGCUAAAUUGGACGAAGUGCUAGUUACCUACAAAUUUUCCAUUGUUCCGUGCUACGUUACCCCCAUUCAGAUUCAGUUAUGAAGCAUGUUGGUUCAUCAUGGAAUUGUAAUUCUGAAUCAGUUUGCUCUGUGAAGAAAUGUCUAAUCACUUUGAGUGGUUCAGGUUUGUUUAUGUGUUCUAACGACUCCAGCAUCGGUCAAUGACUUGGUUUGCUCAUCCUGUUUGUUUGAUGUGUGCUCUGCAGCUUACAAUCAUGGUAUGAGCCAGGACUAGUCUAACAGCAUCCUUGUGUCGCUGUCAAAAUAAUUGUCACUUUUCCUCUUCCAAUUUAUAUAUAUUUUGCUUACUGCAAUUCAACUGGUCACGGUCCAUAACUCAGCCUGCACACGUUUUCUUGCAAAAGUCUUUGUUCCACUCUUCAACUUUUCUUUACCCUUGCAUUGCAUCACAUUUUCUUGCAAAAGUCUGAAUGAGACAACCGCCAAUCCUGUACCAAGUCAAGUCAACUUAGUCAAACAUAGCUUCUGGCAGACAAAUCCUUCAAAAGAGCUAAUCUUACACACAAGAUCGUCCAGGCUCCAUCCGAAGCAGCAAGCACUCUCAGGUUCUUGUAGUUCUUGGUUCAUCCACUUCCUGUAAACUCUAGAUAUCAUGCCUCUCCACUCUGUAUUUUGCUAAUCCUUCCCCUCUUCAUCACCACACCAAUAGCAGCAGCACAAGCAAACGUAUCUGAGAUCGACCGCCAGGCCCUCCUUUGCUUUAAGUCCGGCAUCAACUCUUAUGCCCAUGGCACACUAGACUCAUGGAGCAAUGACUCGCUAAACUUUUGCAGAUGGAGAGGGGUCAGCUGCAGCACAACGUUUCCACCCCGGGUGGUCUCUCUUAACCUCAGCUCUGUGCAACUCAGUGGGCAAUUAUCUGGAUGCCUAGGCAACUUGGCUCUUCUAUCGUGGAUGAACCUUGCCGAUAAUCAUCUGUCAGGAACCAUCCCAGAAGAGUUGGGUAAGCUUCCAAACCUCCAUACGCUGAAUCUUGCCGGCAACAGUCUUCAAGGUAACAUCCCUAUUUCCUUAGGCGCUAGCAAUUCUCUUAGCUAUGUCAAUCUUGCAAACAACACGCUUAGCGGUGGUAUCCCUCUCUCAUUGGCCAGUAGAUCCACACUGAGCACACUUAUACUGUCACGUAAUAGCCUCUCUGGAGAGAUCCCUUCUACUUUGUUUGAUAACUCAUCUGAGCUUACUAUGGUUGAUCUCCAGAUGAAUUCUUUCACUGGUGCCAUCCCACCUUUCCAUGAAGCCACAGCUCUCAGAUUUCUUUGCCUGACAGGAAACUUCCUCUCUGGAAGCAUACCUCCUUCAUUAGGAAAUGUUUCAUCCCUCACUUCUAUAUUACUCGGCCAAAAUAGGUUAUCGGGAUUAAUUCCAGAGACUUUGAGUCACAUUACAAAACUGCUUGAGCUUGAUCUAAGUUCCAACAGUUUAUCAGGGAGUGUCCCGUUGUCUCUUUACAACAUGACAUCACUCAAGUACUUUAGUGUAGGCAGCAAUGCCCUUGUUGGACAGAUACCAUCUCAAAUUGGUUACUCGCUGCCAAACCUCCAUUCCCUAAUUCUGGGAAGCAACAGGCUGGAGGGCCUGAUCCCUGCUUCACUAGCCAAAAUGUUAAAUCUUCAAAUACUUGAUCUUUCCAACAACUCGUUGCAUGGCUCUGUGCCAUCUCUUGGUCCGUUGGCAAACUUGCGUCAGUUAGUUUUGGGGAGCAACUUCCUAGAAGCACAUGACUGGUCAUUUCUUAGAUCUCUAGCAAAUUGCACCCAACUGACAAGGUUAUCCUUGGAAGGGAAUGCUUUGAAUGGCAGCCUACCUACAUCGAUUGUCAAUCUUUCCAGGAGGCUAGAAGAUUUAUCGCUUGGGUCAAACCAAAUUUCAGGCUCCAUACCUGUUGAGAUUAGCAAUCUUGUUAAUCUCACUUCACUUAUGAUGGAAAGCAAUUUUCUUUCUGGAAGCAUACCUUCUACCAUUGGCAAGCUGCAAAACCUAUAUAUCCUAAAUCUGUCAAAGAACAAAUUAUCAGGUCAGAUCCCUCGCUCAGUUGGUGACAUUACUCAACUAGGCAAGCUUUAUCUUGAUGAUAACAACUUGACUGGUAACAUACAUGGUAGUUUAGGUCAGUGCAAGGGACUUCUUGAACUCAACUUGUCUCGAAACAAUCUCAGUGGGUCAAUACCAGUCGAACUCUUUGCUAACUCUCCAUUCUCCUUAAGUCUGGACUUCUCACACAACAAUCUCACUGGGAAACUGCCAGGGAAACUUGGUGCUGGUGUUAGUACUGGUCCAACAUCCCUUCACAUGGAAGUAAACAAGUUUGAUGGAGAAAUUCCAGAAAACUGGAAUUUCCUAAGAUCGACCCAGCAGAUUAAUCUUUCUCACAAUGCCUUAUCUGGUGCCGUUCCUGAAUUCUUUGGGUACCUUAGUAUGCUGGAGCAACUUGAUCUAUCUUACAACAAAUUGGAAGGGGCUGUUCCUACAAGUGGGAUCUUUGAGAAUUCUACCACAGUACUUUUGGAUGGCAACAAAGCACUAUGUUCAAAUUACUCCGCGCCAGUACCACCGGACUCUGAUACCGGUUUUGAUGCAAUCAUGGUCACCCACCUACAGUUUUCGCCACCACUUUGUCCUGGCAUCUCGGCUUCAACGACUAAAACAAAGCACCAUCUGUCAACCUUGCUGUUAAUUGUACUACCACCACUUACUAUUGCUUUACUAGUCUUGCUAUGGUUUCUGCCCACCCUUUGGAAGAGAGGAGUGUUCUCAUUUUCACAGUGGGAUGUUGUGUCCAAGAUGUUUCGUUUUUGUGCCCAUCAUGAGAGAAUAGAAGUGGAUACAGUUCUGUGCCACGAUGAGAAGAAGCUGAAGAGGGUAUCAUAUCAGGACAUUCUUAAAGCUACCAACUGGUUUUCUUCGCUUCAUACUAUCAGCUCAACCUGUACUGGGUCAGUUUAUAUUGGUAGGUUCAAGUCCGACAAGAGAUUGGUUGCCAUCAAAGUAUUCAACUUGAGUGAACCUAGCGGAUGUGAUAGUUACUUUAUUGAGUGUGAGGUGCUACGAAACACCCGCCAUCGUAAUAUAAUGUGUCCUGUGACCGUAUGCUCGACACUUGAUUCACAAAAUCACGAGUUCAAAGCGCUGAUAUUCAAGUUCAUGGUUAAUGGCAGCCUUGACAGAUGGUUACACUCUGAGCAACACAAUGGAAUCCCAGGCAGAGUGCUAAACUUUGGCCAGAGGAUAUGUAUAGCGGCAGAUGUGGCUUCUGCUCUUGAUUAUGUCCACAACCAACUGACGCCUCCUUUGAUCCAUUGUGAUUUGAAGCCGGAGAACAUCCUUUUGGACGAUGACAUGACCGCGCGGCUCAGUGAUUUCGGCUCAGCAAAGUUUUUGUCGCCGGAUAUGUUUAUUCCUGAAAGCCUGGAUGAUGUUGGAGGAACAGUUGGAUACAUGGCACCUGAGUACGGGACUGGUUACGAGAUCUCCGUAGGAGCUGAUGCAUAUAGUUUUGGAGUGCUUCUGCUGGAGUUGCUUACCGGAAAACGACCAACCGAUGAUAUGUUUGUUGAUGGGCUUACCCUUCCCAUUUUCUCUGAAUCCAUGUUCCCUGAAAGAGUCGCAGAGAUUCUAGAUCCUCGUAUGGGACAUGAGGAGCAUCAAGUGUGUGCAGAAGUAUGGACGCAGAGAUAUAUUGUCCCCCUGAUUGCUCUUGGAUUGUCAUGUACCGUGGAAUCUCCUAGGGACAGACCUGGAAUGAAAGAUGUUUGUGCAAAACUUUCUGCUCUCAGAGACGACUUUCUGGAACGCCAUCAUGACGAUUGACGAAUAUUUGAGCUCUGUUAGAGCACGCUGAUUCUUUAUUAUUAAGAAUGUAGUAACAAGUAAAGUUCAUUCUUCACAGUACCUUGUCUAUUUGACAAACUGGCAGAAACUUUGAGGCUUGAGCACAUAGAUAUGAUUUGCAGUGGGCAAUAAUUGGCUACAAAAAGAAUCAACUGUUCUUUGUUGUAUAUUUGUUGAAUUAUUUUUAUUUUGACCUUGAGCUGUGUGUAUGGCGAAAUUCUUUUACUAGUUAAUUUUGUAAAGGGUACUGUAUAUAUGAAUGUGUUUUCCUCCCAUAAAAUCUUAUGCCCAGCUUAAUAAAGCAAAGCAUUAUUUUUAGGUCAACUUUUGGUCCAUGAAAAAAAUGAGACAAAGUUGACAAUCAAUUUUCAAAACCA